AUGUAUGCUUGCUGCUCUACGGUGACUCUGGAGCAGGAUCUCAACAAGAAAAUGCAUAUCUGGAUGGUACAAACCAUAGCCUUUGCUUUAACAUCUCUAGUCCUGGCGUGGGCAGAAAGCAUUGAGUAUUAUGGGGAGAUCUGUGAUAACAAAUGCCCUUGCGAGGAGAAGGAUGGCAUCUUGACGGUCAGCUGUGAGAACCGGGGGAUCAUCAACCUCUCUGAGAUCAGCCCCCCCAAAUUCUCCAUCUACCAUCUCCUGCUGUCUGGGAAUCUUCUCAACAGGCUCUACCCCAACCAGUUUGUCAAUUACAGUGGGGCUUCGAUUUUGCACCUGGGCGGCAAUGACAUCCAAGAUAUCGAGACAGGAGCCUUUCAUGGGCUGAGGGGCUUGAGGAGGCUGCACUUGAACAACAACAAGCUGGAAAUACUGAGGGAUGACACUUUCGUAGGGCUGGAAAGCUUGGAGUACCUGCAAGUUGAUUACAAUUAUAUCAGCGCUAUCGAACCCAGUGCUUUCAGCAAGCUGCAUCUGUUGCAGGUGCUGAUUCUGAACGACAACCUCCUCUCUUCAUUGCCCAACAACCUGUUCCGUUUUGUGCCCUUGACUCAUCUCGAUUUGAGGGGCAACCGGCUAAAACUCCUUCCCUACUUGGGCCUCCUGCAGCACAUGGAUAAGGUGGUGGAGCUGCAGCUGGAGGAGAACCCGUGGAACUGCUCCUGUGAGCUGAUAGCUCUCAAGGAUUGGUUGGACAGCAUAUCCUAUUCAGCCCUGGUGGGGGAUGUAGUCUGCGAAACCCCUUUCCGUUUACAUGGGAGGGAUUUGGAUGAGGUUUCCAAGCAGGAGCUUUGUCCUAGGAGGCUCAUCUCCGAUUAUGAGAUGAGGCCACAGACCCCACUGAGCACCACAGGGUAUUUUCAUACCACACCAGCCUCUGUAAACUCUGUGGCUACUUCUUCCUCGGCUGUUUACAAAUCGCCCUUGAAGCCCAAAGGGACCCGCCAACCCAACAAGUCCAGGGUGCGUCCUACCUCCCGCUUGCCCUCCAAGGAUCUGGGAUACAGCAACUAUGGCCCCAGCAUUGCUUACCAGACCAAAUCCCCGGUGCCUUUGGAGUGUCCUACAGCUUGCACUUGCAACCUACAGAUCUCCGAUUUGGGUCUCAACGUCAACUGCCAAGAAAGGAAGAUUGAGAGCAUUUCAGAGCUCCAACCCAAGCCGUACAACCCGAAGAAGAUGUACCUGACUGAGAACUACAUUGCCCUGGUGCGUAGGUCAGAUUUCCUGGAUGCUACUGGCUUGGAUUUGCUUCACCUGGGCAAUAACCGCAUCUCGGUCAUUCAGGAUCGGGCCUUUGAGGAUCUAACUAACUUGAGGAGGCUCUACCUGAAUGGGAACCGGAUUGAAAAACUGAACCCAGAGCUUUUCUAUGGGCUUCAGAGUUUGCAGUACCUCUUCCUGCAAUAUAACGUAAUCCGGGAGAUUGAGCCAGGCACUUUUGACCCUGUGCCCAAUUUACAGCUCUUGUUUCUCAACAACAACCUGCUGAGAUCUUUACCUGGAGGCAUUUUUUCUGGCUUAACUCUCUACAGGUUGAACCUGAGAAGCAACCAUUUCUCCUACCUUCCUGUAAGUGGAGUGCUUGACCAGCUGAAAUCCCUCCUGCAGAUAGAUCUCCACGAGAACCCAUGGGAUUGUACAUGCGACGUGGUGGGCAUGAAGUUGUGGAUCGAGCAACUCAACACAGGAGUCCUUGUGGACCAGGUAAUCUGUGAAUCCCCUAAGAAAUUUGCUCAGAAUUACAUGAGGAACAUCAAAGCAGAACUGCUGUGCCCAGACUACUCUGACAUCAUUGUUUCCACACCCACUCCAUCAUCCAUGCAGGGACCAGCCAAGACCACCCCCUUUUCCAACUCCGGGCAGAUCAAUAGCACCUUGGAGGAGGAUGACUCAGCAUCACCUUCUGGUGGCUCGUCUUCCUCCUCUUCUUCCACGGUGCCUUUGUCAGUGUUGAUCCUCAGCUUACUGCUGGUCUUCAUCAUGUCUGUAUUUGUGGCCGCAGGUCUCUUUGUGCUGGUGAUGAAGCGCAGGAAGAAGGUCCAAGGUGACCAUGCCAGCACCAACAACUCGGAUGUGAGCUCUUUCAACAUGCAGUACAGUGUGUACACAGGAGGGGGAGCCCCCCAUUCCCACCCACACGCCCAUCACCAGCAGCAUCCACAGCAUCUUCACCAUGGAGGAGGAGGUGGUGGUCCGGCUUUGCCCAAGGUGAAAACCCCCGCGGGACACGUCUAUGAGUACAUCCCUCAUCCUUUAGGUCACAUGUGCAAGAACCCAAUCUACCGCUCCAGAGAGGGCAACGCUGGUGAGGAUUACAAAGAUCUCCAUGAGCUCAAGGUGACCUACAGCAACCAUCACCUCCAGCCACAACCCCCACCACCCCCACAGGCCUUGGGGCAGCCCCAAGCAGCUCCGGGGGGGCAAGAGGAGACCCUCCGGAGCCCCACAUACAGUGUGAGCACCAUUGAGCCUCGGGACGAGUUGCUUUCCCCUGUCCAGGAUGCUGAUCGUUUUUACAGGGGCAUUUUGGAGCCCGACAAACACCCUUCUUCCACUUUGGGGGGCAGCAACCUCCCUGAGUACCCUAAGUUCCCCCCAACUGCCUACACUUACUCCCCUAACUAUGACCUUAGGCGCCCCCCUCACCCCUAUUUGCAUCCCGGCCCGGGGGACAGUCGGCUCCGGGAAACAGUGCUCUACACCCCCCCAAGCACUGUUUACAUGGAGCCCAACAGGAACGAAUACCUGGAGCUAAAAGCAAAACUAAAUGCAGAGCCGGACUACCUCGAAGUGUUGGAAAAACAGACCACAUUCAGUCAGUUCUGA